AUGUUGCUACAAAUGGGACGAUUGUCGGAGGCUGCUGAUCAGCUGAUAGCUUGGAUGAGGAAGACGCGUGGUACUCUGGAUGAGCUAUCGGUGGCUGCACCAACACUUCGCCAACUGGAAAUCCAAAGAUGCCAGCUGACUGUUGUUUCAAAUGAUGUGCAUGCCCAUGAAGGCAGCGUUGCGACUUUGAAUGCUGCUGCUCAACGACUAAUGCGUGAUGACCAUAAUGCGGAUGCUUUGGAGAAAAUGAAUCAGAUGAAUAGGGAGUGGGAGGAGCUUAAUGAUGUUUUGCAGAAGUUGAUCCUACAGAUGGAAAGAGCGAAGACGGAAGCUGAAAAAGUGGGGCGUGAAGCUGAGCAAUGGAUGGUGUGGUUGGAAGAUGUUGAGUCUCAACUAGCAACUACAAAACCUACAGGAGGCCUUCCAGAGACAGCAGAAAUUCAGCUUGACGAUUUUAAAGUACUGCGCUCAGAGAUUGCCCAAAACAAAGCAGCUCUUGAAGCGUAUAUUGAUGACGCGAACAAUAAUCUCUGUGAUAAUGAGAACAACGGUCAGACAUGGAUCGGAAGAAAUCACGCAAUGAUCCGAAACAAGUGGGCCAAAGUUAAGGAGCUUUGUGCUGAUCGUGAAAAGAAGUUGGAACUUGCGCUAGAAGAAGCAAUAGCUUUAGACACAUCUAUGCGAGACACAGCUGAAUGGCUGACUGCAGCGGAACAGCGCUUGGCAGGACUA